AUGACGAAGAGCACCACUCCCUUCGCCCACUUCAAGGAGACGCCCAGCGAGGCUCUCAACUGGCGCCUCGGCCUGUCCGUUGCCGUCGUUGGUCUUGUCGGCGCCGCGCGCGGUCUCGAUGAGGGCAUCAUCUCCGGCAUGAUCAACCUGCCGUCGUGGAAGAAGUCGUACGGCGUCCACGAGGGCUCGGACGAGGAGGCCAACAUCGUCUCAAUGGUCCAGAUUGGCUGCGUGCUCGGCUCGCUUCUCGCAUUCCUCGUCGUCGACCGCUGGGGCCGCCUGCGCUCGAUGCAGAUCUCGUGCGCCAUCUGGCUGCUCGGCAACCUGCUCUGGACCGUCUCGGCCGCCAACAUUCCCCUGAUCUACGUCGGCCGCUUCAUUUCCGGCAUCGGCAUCGGCGCCAUGCCCGUCUACUCGCCUACCUACCUCGUCGAGAUCGCGCCCAAGACGAUCCGCGGCGCCGCCGUGCUCGUCUACUCCGGCUCGGUGUACAUCGGCAUCCUGCUCGGCUACUUCACCAACUACGGCGUCGUGCGCAACGUGGCCGCCACCAACAUGCAGUGGCGCAUCCCGCUGGCACUCAACUUCAUCUUCGCCGGCCUUCUCUUCAUCGGCUCCUUCUUCUGCGUCGAGUCGCCGCGCUGGCUGCUCAAGAAGGGCCGCACCGACGAGGGCACCAAGGCGCUCUGCUGGCUGCGCCAGAUGCCCGCCGACCACCCCUACCUCGCCCAGGAGCUCAGCGGUGUCACCGACCAGAUCCACGAGGAGCGCGAGGCCACGGCCGCCGGCUUCAUGGGCGCCGUCAAGAGCCUCUUCUGCAACGGCAGCAACCUCUUCCGCCUCGGCCUCGCCAUCAUGAUCCAGGUUGCCGGCCAGUUCUCCGGCGGCGGCAACAUGACCAUCUACGCUCCCCGCAUCAUCGCCUUCACGCUCCACGGCGCCAAGGUCGAGACCAAGCUGCUCUCCACGGCGGUGUUCGGCAUCAUCAAGCUCAUUUCGUCGAUUGCCGCCGCCGUGUUCCUCAUCGACCUGCUCGGCCGCAAGCGCUCCGUGCUCACGGGCCUGACGAUGCAGGCCAUCUGCUCGAUCAUCCUCGGUGUCUUCAUCAAGAAGAACGUCGUCGACAAGACCGUCACCGCCGCCAACGAGACGGCCGGCGACCAGGCCUUCGCCCGCCUCGCCCUCGCCGCCAUCUACCUCUCCGGUGUCGCCUGGUCGCUCGGUGUCAACGCCGUCCAGUACGUCUACGGCACGGAGAUCUUCGGCAUGCAGUGCCGUGCGCUCGCCACGUCGGUUGUCAUGGCGUUCCACUUUUUGUGCCAGUACGGCGCCUCGCGCUCGUUCCCUCCGAUGAUGGUUGCCUUCAACCGCUGGGCCACUUUCGUCUUCUUCUUCCCGCUGGUCUGCCUCCUCAUGAUCAUCCUCGUGGUCGUCCUGCUCCCGGAGACGGCCGGCAUUGCCCUCGAGGACAUGGACGAGCUCUUCAACGGCCCGUGGUACAAGAUGGGCCUCACCGCCAACAAGCGUGUGCGCGCCCUGCGUGCCCAGAAGGAGGAGCUCUACGCCGGCGGCGAGGGCCUCAACUACCGCGGCGAGUCGCCGCAGACGCCCUCGGACGACGGCAAGGACCUCGACCUGGCCAAGCCGCAGACCGCCACGCGCACGGCCUAG